CAAUUCAGGAAGUGUCCCAGUGUAUUGUUUUUCCCAGAUUUGACAUUUUCGACGACAUAUUUCAAACUUCUCCACUCUCCUGCCAAAAUGGGAUGUGAUGGUGGAACUAUUCCUAAAAGACACGAGUUGGUGAAAGGUCCCAAGAAAGUUGAGAAGGUUGACAAAAAUGCAGAGUUGGCCGCCAAAUGGAAACACUGUGCCCUAAGUCAGGAGAAACUCAGACGUCCAAUCGUUGCCUGCGAACUGGGAAGGCUUUAUAACAAAGAUGCUGUCAUUGAGUACCUUCUGGAUAAAUCUGCUGAGAGGCCCAACACUGAUGCUGUAACGCACAUCCGCGGAACCAAGGACAUCAGAGAACUUAACCUGACCGAUAACCCAGAGUGGGGGGGUGAGAGAAGCAACACAAAAGGAGACAGAUACGAGGACAUCCAUUGUGGAAUGUUUAUUUGCCCCGUUGUUGGACUCGAGAUGAAUGGCAAGCACAGGUUCUGUUACCUGCGCACGUGUGGUUGUGUCUUCUCUGACCGUGCCCUCAAGGAAGUCAAGACCGAAAUCUGCCACAAGUGCGGCGACCCCUUUCAGAGUGCGGACAUCGUCGUGCUCAACGGGACAAAGGAGGAGGUGGAAAAGCUGAGGGAGAACAUGGAGGAGAGGCGAGCCAAAGCCAAAACUAAGAAAUCAAAGAAGAGCAAAGCUGCUGAAAGUGUGUCCACUCCAUCACAGUCAAAAGAUGACACACAAAUGGACAAGGUGCAAAAGUGCUCACUGGAAAAUGGAGGCGAAAGCAGCCAAUCAGAUCAGGCGGGCGGCUCGGGAGCCUCGCGCCUCUCCAGCGCCGUCAACGGCGGCGGGCCUUCGUCGGUCGCCUCCAAGCGAUCCAUCCAAGAGAUGGAGGAGAAGUCGGAAGCCUUCAAGUCCAUCUUCACCACUCACAGCUCCGCCAAGCGCACCAAAGAGCAAACCUCCAAUUGGGUCACCCACACGCCAUACCACUUCUAGCUCUCGCACACACGGACGCGACCUUCGCCGGCACCUGUGCGGCUGCACGUCAACUCGGUCCAAGCGUGUUGCCCGGCACCUCCGUGUUUUUUCUUUAUGUGUUGUUGACAGUUUUAAUGGAUCCCCAGGCUGCUCACACGCGAAUCCCUUCCUCCGCCCCCCAUCCAGGUGCUUUGAGAAUUAUGCAAGGAGUGUUUUGCUUUCUUCUGCUUUCCUCAAUAACCGCAUUGCCCAAGCUUCAGUGCCCCCCCCUUUUUUCCGACAGCACAUACAUGAUAUUACUCCGUGUUCGCUCACCUGUCUUGACUCGCAUUUCGAUCUGAAAAAAAAUACUUUUUGGAGUAAACUAAAGGGGGAAAAAAACCU